AUGGCCCCUACUUUUCUCAAAAGCCUGCGGCGUCAAUCACGGGCAAGCUUCCGGACCGAAACCUCAAUUGAUACGUCUAGCGAUGGUGCUUUGAGCCACGAUACCCCGGAUACCACGCCUUCAAAUGGCUCCCUAACGCCGCCGUCCCUGGAUCAGCAGUUAGACCCUGCAACCAGCCUAAGCCGACCCAUGCUGGCACCUGGUGGAAACUCCAGUCGAUACAGCGUCUCGGGCAUGUCUGGCCUUGGAGCUCCUUCACCGAAUGGUAGGAGUAGCCUGCCUGUAUCUCAGUAUGCUCCUCGGGUUCAAAAUAUUGCAGACAACAAUUGGGUGUAUCAAAAGGUUCUUUUAAUCCAUGGCACGAUUGGAGAGGCUAUGCAAAAUCACCUAGACGGCACCGUCAUUAUCAGUCGACUCGACGAUGCAUUUCCACCAACCAGCUGGCCCGUCUGGGAUUCUCACUUCAAAGCUCUUGUCUAUCUACAACCUGGGCCCAACAAAAUCCGUCUCGAAUUUUCUAGCCCCAAGCUCGCCAAUAGCUCAUCCUCUAACCCUAUCCAUGUGUCGUAUCUCACUCUUCACAUGGUGCCUUCGCUGAAUGCUCCUCCGCUGCAGCUUGCCAUCCUCUUAGGCAAGGACUCUCCCGGAACAUUCGACGCCACGCCUUCGCGCGCCGAAAUAGAAGGCAAUGGGCUGGAAGCUGCUGUCAAGAAAUUUCGAAUGGCAGCGUACCUUUGGCAGGCUUUCACUGCGGAGCAGAUGUUUCGGCAAAAACUUGGUCGGCGGGCGUUUCGAUUCGAAGAGGAAUGGAUGUCUGGCACCGCCAAUCACCGCGACAGGGAGAAUGGGACGAUGAGAUCUGAAGCCCGUGUUCACAUUAUCCGGUCUGACAAGACGGUUGCCGAGCUGCAAGACCUCAACAAGGCACAGCAGUACGACAAGGCCACAGACAAGAAUGCUCUUUUCAAUAUCGCUAGUGAGGAGGUGAAGAAGCAUCUGAAUCCCCUCCCUGGACAGAAGCAGUAUGUCGCGGUUCUCCUGCUUGAUGCCCACUGGGACAAGGACGUCAAGACGAUUCGAGGCCAUGCUGCACUUGGCGGUGGUCAUGGCGAAUUGCAAUUGGGAAUCUUCGGGUCACACUGCAUGCACAGCUACCCUAGUUCUUUCGAAGAGGUGGUGCCGGCUUUCACUGAUUGCACGCCAACCGAUACUGCGCAUGUGGCUAACGACUGCAAUGAGGCGGGAAGCUCUUGGGAGUCUGCAAACAUUGGCAUCGGCGCGCAUCUACACGAGGUGGGACACUUAUUUGGAUGCCCUCACCAGGAAGGAGGCAUCAUGCUCAGGGACUAUGUUGUUCUCAACCGAAGCUUUGUCUCUCGCGAGGCAUACUCAACUAGGACCAAAUCCAAGGGAGGUUUGGCCCUACAGGCUGAUGAGUGUGGCUGGCAUCGCCUAGACUGCCUUCGUUUCCGAGCUCAUCCUGCUUUCCGGCUGCCUAGCGAUCCUCCAGUGAACCCGGAUGAAAGCGUCCAGGCCUUUGCUAUCGACGGAGGCAACGUUUUGGCUGUAGCACAAACUGGAAUCUCCUUUAUAGAGAUCUUUGGAGAGGGAGAUGAUGUUUGCCGAGCGUGGAUCGAGUAUAUCCCGGACAGCAAUAAUCCUAUUCAGCGGCAAGUGACCUUGAUUGAUCAAGACCUACGGGCUCGCUUGCCUGAUGCCAAGAGAAAGGGGCGGGUAAAGGUGUCCAUCAAAACACAUGGCGGGGGUUCUUUGGAUAUCGAUGACUUUAAAGCAUUUGCAUCAAAGGAAUCAUCAGUUAAAUUGCCUGGUGGCAAAGUGGCUUAUCGAUGCAAGAGCCUCGGGGAGUCAAAGAUGCAAGGUAGCGAGCCCCAAGAGGCUAUUUUUACCAGUGCCAUGAAGCAGGACAGAAUAAUGUCUCGCGUUAUUAUAUACCACGGUUCAGCGUUGGACGGACUGGAGUUCAUAUACGACGAUAACUCGACGCAGCUCUUUGGCAAGAAGGGGGGCAAGGAGGGAGGCGAUACAUUUGAAUUUGAUAUUCGACGCGGAGAGUACCUCACUGGUUUUGUUGUUAGAGCUGGCUUUUGGAUCGAUGGCAUCCAGCUCUUGACCAGUCUCGGCAGAAAGUCGGCCAUGUUUGGAAAAGCUCAUGGUGGUUCUGCACACACACUGUUGCCUCCUCGAGGCUAUUCGAUCUGCGGUGUUGCCGGCACAUGUGGCCCAUGGCUUGAUGGCUUCUCGAUCCUUAUCAAGCAUUAA